AUGUCCCUGAAACAUACCGGAGCUCAGUGCGGCCGCACACAGGGCAGUGAAGUCGGCUUGUUAUGUGCGCGCUGCGACGGUCAGUGCGUGACUUGUGAAGCAGUGCACGCGCUAUUCGAACCUGCUCGCAUCUGCGCAGACUGUGCGCUUCUGCUUGUCGAGCAACCACAACGGCGAGGCGAGACGCCGCGCUGCUGUCGCUGCAACGCCCCUGGCGCCAAGUACCAGGCUAUGUUCUGUCGGGAGUGUGUCCUUCUGCUGAAAAGUAGAAACGGGUGUCCGCGUAACGUGGCAGUUCUCGAGAAUCGCUCGGGUUCUGCGCACCGGAGGCUGCAGCGGCCUCAGGCUACAGGCGGCAUACAGCACAGCGCGGCCCGCGCUGGUGACUUGUAA